GAGGUUUUGUCUUCACAACCAACACACACAGAAAGCUAUCCAACUCUUGAGCACGGAAAUUUACAUUACUCAAACACAAGCCAUGGAGCAAGAAGGAGGAGGAUCACAACAACAUCAACAAAACCUGAAGCCUUUGCAGGAUUUGGCUACUGUUAUUUAUCUAAACAAUGAUCAAAGCGACAUCAAUUUUCAACAACAAUAUGGUCAGCAACUUGGAGAAACUCCUGCUACUUCAGGAGAGAAUUUUUCUGGAAACUUUACAGAGCAAGACACCUUGGAAUCUGUGGUGAAGCCUCACUUAUUUUCUGGGAACUUUUCCCGCAAUUUUCCUGGAACUGGCCUUCCUUAUACUCCUGAUAGCAGCCAAAAUAUGAUCAAAGAAAGCUUAUUUCGUCCGCAAGAAAUGCAGUCUUCUGAGUUUGUUUCAAUUGCUUCAAGUAAGAAACGAAUAAGAUGGACUCAGGAUCUCCACGAAGAGUUUUUGCAGUGUGUUUAUCACCUUGGAGGGGCUGAUAAGGCAACACCAAAGGCAAUAUUCAAACUGAUGAAGAAACCAAGUGAAUUCACCAUCACUAAUAUCAAAAGUCAUCUCCAGAAAUAUCGAUCAGAAAACUGCAUGUCAAAUUCUGCACAAGAAAGAAGUAUCGAAGAAGGAGAUUGUAUUAGUGAUAUACCACAACUUUACAGUAAAACUGGCAAGCAAAUCAGGGAGGCAUUGCAACUGCAGAUGAAUAUACAGAAGCAGCUUCAUCAACAGUUAGAGACAGAUUCAAAGAGAUUUACAGCAGUUGAUUGAGGAACAAGGGAAGCAAGUGAAGAAGAUGGUUAUGGAGAAGCAAUUAAAAGCAAACAAAUUAAAUACAAGUUGAUACUUUGAAUUGAUGCAUCAUUAAUGAAAAUAAUCUAAUGUAAUGUAA